AUGAAUCAGUUGAUUCUUAUGAAUCUUCCAACUGAUUGUCUCGUAGAAAUUUUAGGUCAUCUUAAAUAUGAUACCUCUUCUUUAUACUCUUGUAUCUUAGUUAACCGUUUAUGGUGUAAAUUAUCCAUUCCUUUACUUUGGUGUAGCCCAUUCGAGUUCACAAGAUACAACAAUAAAUCUGACCUGAUUAUUGAAACUUAUGUAUCUUGUUUCUCUGAUGAUGAAAAAAAACAAUUCUACGAUAAUAUAUUUUUAAUUCCUGAUUUUCAAAAACCUGCUUUCAAUUACCCAAUAUAUCUUCAUAAUUUGGAUAUUCCCGCUUUUGAAAAUGCUGUUAGAAAUUGGUUUUAUGAAAUUUGGAAUAAUUAUGCUCCUAAAUCCAGUGAUUUCUCUUUAUCUUCUUUCAGUACUUGCAAAAGAAUAAUUGCCCAAAUGUUAUUUAAUCGUUCAAUUGGUUUUAGAGCUCUCAAGAUGAAUAGAGAUGAACAAGAUCAUUCCUUUUAUUUUGAUAUGAUUGUAAACUCGGGAAUUCAAUAUAGAUUAUCAAAAUUAUCAAGGCUCGAUUUAUGUUACAAUGUUACAAGAAAUAUUGAUGCUAAAUUCAUUGUUGAAGGAAUAAUCAAUCUUUUCAACACUUUAUCUCGUUAUGUUCAUCAUCUUGAACAUAUUUCUUUUAUAUUUGGAACUGAAAAUCCUAAUCUUCAAUUCAAUGUGGCUACUGCUUUUGUUAAUUUAAUCAAAUCUCAAGAAAAUUUAUUAUCUUUGGAAUUAUAUAAAUUUUGGGAUCAUUCAACAGCUGAUGAUAUUUAUUCCGCUUUAAAUACUCAAUCUAAAUCUUUAACUUAUUUAAAGAUUCUUGGUGCAAAAGAUUUCAUUCAAAUGUUACCUUUCUUGGAAAAUUGUUCAAAUUUAAAAACUUUAUAUAUUACUCCUUCUAUAAUAUUUAAUCAUUCUGAUUCAAUAUCUUUUAAAGAAAUCCCUUUAAAAAAUUUAUAUUUUCAUCAUUACACUGAACCAAAAAUGAUUACUAGUACUAUAUUUCCAAUUUUACGUAUGUCAAGUCGAUCAUUAAGAACUUUAACUUUACAAAGAGUAAAUUUAGAACAUUUAAGUAUAAUUGAAAGAUAUUGUCAAUUUAUAAAAACUUUAACUUUAUCAAUAUCUUGUUCUCAAUUACCAAGAUUUUGUCGAAUAAUAUCAAAAAUGGAAUUAGAAUCUUUAACAUUAAAAAAAGUUUUAGAUGAUUGUACUUUUGAUAUUAAUUCAAUUCAUGAUUUAGCUUUAUCAAUUCCAAAAUCUUUAAUUAAUUUUGGUAUUGGUUUUAAAAUGUCUCCUCAAACUCUUGAUUUAUUUCUUCGUGAAUGUCCUGCUACUUUAGUAAUUUUGGAUUUAUAUUAUUAUUUUAAUAUGAUUGAUGAUCCUUAUCUUGAAGUUUUUAUUCAACAUUCUAAAGAAAAUAUUUCUUUUAAAAGAUUAAAUUUUGAAGAAGCUCCAUCUACUCGUUUGAAAAGUGUAUUGGAUAAACCUUCAAAAUUAUUAGAAUAUGCUAUGAAAAUUAUUUCAAUUAAAAAAUUCAAAUUUGGUUCAAACCCUUUGGAUGGACCAUUCGGAUGGUAA